AAAGACUAGCCUUGUUUACCCAUACACACUCUCAAGUCCUAAUUCCUAAACCACAUGGGACUUGUACUUGUAGCGUAGAUCUUGAUACUAAAUAGUAAUACUCCACCCUAUCAAUCCAUCAUCGUCAAAUAAUAAAACCCCUCCAAAUCUUUUCAUUCGAAUUAAUAAUUAGUAAUAUUAUACCCGUCAAAGAUGAAGGAAAUUUACUCCUUGUAGAACAGAAGAUCUCUACAUUUCUCUGAUUGAAUUUGACUCCGUGGGGUGGAAGAAUAGAGAAAAAUUUAGAAAAAAGUGUGAUCCCAUUUCCAACUAAGAAUCGAAACAUGGGAUGCUCAUAUUCAGGUCUAAAUGCAUUAUAUGAUGCUGUUAAUGGCGGUGGAGAUGUCUGGAUCAAUGAAAAUAGAUUCAAGAUCAUAAGACAACUUGGUGAAGGUGGACUUGCUUAUGUCUACUUAGUCAAAGAAGUUGUCACCGACGCUUCUGCUGGUCUUUCUAACAAGCUUAAAGACCCUUCUUUUCUUUCAGAUGAUGGGACUUAUGCUAUGAAGAAAGUGUUGAUUCAAAACAACGAGCAACUUGAAUCGGUGAGAGAGGAGAUUCGCGUUUCAUCUUUGUUUACUCAUCCCAAUCUGCUUCCCCUUCUUGAUCAUGCUAUUAUCAAAGUCAAGGCCACUCAAGAUCAGUCUACGAAACAUGAAGCGUACUUGUUAUUUCCAGUUCAUCUAGAUGGAACUUUGCUGGACAACACGACAGCUAUGAAAGCUAAGAAGGAGUUUUUCUCCACUUUGGAAGUCCUCCAAAUAUUUCGUCAGCUUUGUGCAGGGUUGAAGCGCAUGCAUAAUUUUGUUCCACCAUAUGCGCAUAAUGAUGUCAAACCUGGUAAUGUUCUAAUCACACACAGAACAGGACAGGCACCCUUGGCCAUAUUGAUGGAUUUUGGAAGUGCUCGGCCAGCUCGUAGGCAAAUUCAGUCACGUGCAGAAGCUUUGCAACUUGAGGAAUGGGCAUCUGAACACUGCUCUGCUCCCUUUCGUGCUCCGGAGUUGUGGGAUUGUCCAAGUCAAUGCAAUAUUGACGAAAGAACUGAUAUUUGGUCGCUGGGAUGCACGUUGUAUGCAAUAAUGUAUGGAGUCUCUCCGUUUGAGUAUGCUUUGGGAGAAGCUGGAGGAAGCCUACAAUUGGCCAUUGUAAAUGUCCAGAUAAAAUGGCCAGCAGGACCAAAAACGCCGUACCCUGACACACUUCAGCAGUUUGUGACUUGGAUGCUUCAGCCUCAAGCUGCUGUUCGACCGCGCAUUGAUGACAUCAUCAUUCAUGUCGACAAAUUGAUAUCCAAGUACUUGAAUUAGCAUCAAACUUCAGUUGGCGGCUGUCAAAGGGAACGGGUAAGCACAGGUGCAUCAUGAAGGUCGUUUUACAUACUUCGAUCAUAUAGUAACGCGCGCGUUUGAGAAAAGCAUAUGGUGUUCUCUAUUAACUUUGUCUAAUAGUAUUUAUAUUAGAUAAAUUCUUUUGGCAAUAGAUACAUUUUAUGUAGUGAAUUGAGAAGAGAAAAUCAUUCAAAAUACCAAUAUGUUAUAGUAAA